GAAAAUAUCUCGGGGUUUAGCCGACCCUCUUCAACCGGAUUGAACUGACCCAGGUUGGAGAAAGCCCUUCUCCCUAUUCCGAAAAAUUCGUCUCAGAAUCUCAGUCAUAGACCUUCGCUCUCUCUCUGUUUCUCUCUAUCUGCAGCUCGGAAAUUCUGCCAUGGCGUUUCCUUAUAUGGAAGCUGUUGUUGGUUUCAUGAUAUUGAUGUAUAUUUUUGAGACUUACCUUGAUAUAAGGCAACAUGCUGCUCUUAAGUUGCCAACACUUCCAAAACCUUUGGUAGGAGUAAUCAGCCAAGAAAAGUUUGAGAAGUCUCGAGCUUAUAGUAUUGAUAAAAGUGAUUUUCACUUUGUGCAUGAGUUCGUCACCAUACUUAUGGACUCUGCAAUUUUGUAUUUUGGGAUCUUACCCUGGUUCUGGAAGAAAUCAGGAGAUUUUUUGGUGUUCCUUGGUCUUAACACAGAAAAUGAGAUAUUACACACACUUGCAUUUUUAGCAGGUGUUAUGUUUUGGUCGCAGAUUACUGACUUGCCAUUUUCUUUGUACUCAACGUUUGUGAUUGAGGCCCGCCACGGUUUCAACAAGCAAACAAUAUGGCUAUUCUUCAGGGAUAUGAUCAAAAGUAUUAUCGUAGCUGUUGUGAUUGGUCCUCCUAUUGUGGCUGCAAUCAUUCUGAUAGUUCAGAAAGGAGGUCCUUACUUGGCUAUAUAUCUAUGGGGUUUCAUGUUUGUCUUGUCUCUUGUUAUGAUGACACUAUACCCUAUUCUGAUUGCCCCGCUUUUCAACAAGUUCACCCCACUUCCUGAAGGUGAGCUUAGAGCAAAAAUUGAGAAUCUUGCUUCCUCACUCAAAUUCCCCUUAAAGAAGUUGUUUGUUGUUGAUGGAUCUACAAGGUCAAGCCAUAGCAAUGCAUACAUGUAUGGAUUCUUCAAGAACAAGCGCAUUGUCCUUUAUGAUACUUUGAUUCAGCAGUGCAAGAAUGACGAGGAAGUUGUUGCUGUUCUUGCACACGAAUUAGGCCACUGGAAACUAAAUCACACAACCUACUCCUUCAUUGCUGUCCAGAUCCUCACAUUCUUACAGUUUGGAGGAUACACACUUGUUAGGAAUUCCAAGGAUCUGUUUCAGAGUUUUGGCUUUGAAACUCAACCUGUUCUUAUUGGGCUUAUCAUUUUUCAGCACACUGUAAUUCCUCUCCAGCACCUAGUGAGUUUUGGUCUUAAUCUUGUUAGCCGAGCUUUUGAAUUUCAGGCUGAUGCCUUUGCUAAGAAGCUUGGAUAUGGAUUGCCUCUUCGUUCCGGACUUGUAAAACUACAGGAGGAGAAUUUGUCCGCGAUGAACACAGAUCCUUGGUAUUCUGCUUACCAUUAUUCUCAUCCUCCCCUAGUUGAAAGAUUGGCUGCAAUUGAUGAACCCGAUAAAAAGACAGACUGAUGAGUUGAGCAACCUCAUGUUCCCAGAGUUCACUUGAAUACUUGGGUUGGAACACUACAAUCACUAAAAACACUAGGUCCAAGUUUCUUCCCCAUGGUAAAAUAUUCAAGUAUUAACAAAGUCAUACCCGUGUUACAUUACUCAUCUGUAUGUUUAAGCAGUAACUGUUUCCAUUUUGUCAUCGCGGUGCAGUUCAGGUAAAAACUUGCCUCUUCACAGGCUGGCUAAACUUAUUCCUGCAAAGUGUAACCACAACCGUUUGUAAUGAGUCGGAUUCAAAUUCUAAGCUAAACUGGCAGCUCUGCAGGAUUGGUGUAUUUGUUAGAAAAAAAAAGCUUCUUAUUCUAUUCUAUAAGAGUUCUAAUUUGGCCAAACAA